AACAUGCAGCAAUCAAAAUCAUUAGAAAAGUUCCACUCUCUUCCAAACAUAAGAGCUGGAUUAAGCGAAGGGGAUUUGCGAAAAUUGUACAGUCUCUCUCUAUCACAGAUACGGAAGCAUGCCGAAUUUGCGGAAUACAAUUAUAAGCCGGCAUCUUUCAACAUACGUUGGAUUUACGGUUACAACCCUAGAGCGGGUGUGAUUAAUCUAAAGGACCGCGACAAGUCGGAAAUCUUCUAUGCAGCUGGUAACUGCGGUGUGCUGUAUGACUGGGAGAGUGAUCAAAUGCGAAUAUUGCAAGGACAUAGACACGUAGUCCUGUUCUUAGCAACAGAUGCUCAGGGUAAAUGGUUAGUCACUGGUGACUCAGGACCUGAAAAUAUUAUCAUAAUUUGGGACACCUCUGACUUAUUUCCACAAAAGACGUUGUUUUCACCACAUGGCAGCAGCAAGUUAGCAAAGAUCUCUCUCAGUGCUGAUGCUAAAUAUCUUAUGACCUUGGCGUAUGCAGACAUAGCUGUUCUACACUGGUGGAUAUGGUCCUUUGGAUACGACAUUCCUCAUGCGACACUGGAAGUGGAUAUACCUCGUGAUGGUGUUCUUGACAUGAGUUUUAAUCCAAAUGAUAGUUUGCAGUUUCUUCUUCUAACUAAACAGGAUAUUUGGAUUGGGACAGCUAAGAAAAUAUUUAUAACGGAAAGAGGAAUUGUGAAGGAAACGGACGAUUACGAGUUGAUGAUUCGUAUGCCGACCAGAAAAGCAGCCCCAGAAGUUGGAAGACUCACUUGCUUCACGUUUGCAAAGGCCCAGAUUGUGGUAGGAACGAGUCGGGGAGCUGUAUUGUUAUAUAGUGCGACUGUUGGGAACCAGGAAAAUAUAAACCUGAAUUACGAAGAACUACGAUUCAUAAAGAUUUUGAAAAUUGAACAAAUAAAGAUCAAUGUUAUUCAGAGCGUGGAUGGGGUGAUAGUAACGGGCAAUGAUAUAGGCGAGUUGCGCUUCUAUGAUGAGCAGUUAAAGUUGCUGUACUGGAUCCACGGCUUUCAGGUGGACUCAGUCAGAGGCAUCAGUUUUGAUAUGAUUCGGCGAAGUUUUCAAAUAUUAGACCCUAAAUGUACCUAUAAUGAGGGGGUUUCGUUCGUUAAUUUCACAACGGAGACUCUGCAAACAGUUCUUGAUAAUAGGAUCAUGCACGCUAUGACCUUGACAGUGCAUCCUGAAAAGUCAUUUCUUUGUGUGGGCUACUCGGAGGGCUUGAUCGAGCUCCAUAAUUAUGUUCAGCACAAAUUGUUUGUUCGCCUUGAUCUUCGAGAGAAGUUCAAAGUAAUAAUUCCUCCAAAUGACGACUCAAUAAAGGGUGAUUUUGAAGUCAACUAUCCGGAACUGUCAGUCACGUGUCUGAAGUACUCGCCCUCAGGUCUACACUUGGCAUGCGGACUUGACACGGGCGAGUUAUUAUUCUUGGACCCUAUCACUAUAGACCUCCUUACACCAAUUCCGUUCAAAGACACCGAACACUCUAUCAAGGAAAUCAACUACAGCUGCGAUUCUAUAACCCUAGCAUUUGCAGAUGCAGGGAGAACUGUUUGCGUCUAUAAGUACGACUGCAAUAAUUUCCAAUGGCAAUUCAUAGGAAAGCAUAGAGCGCAUUACAAAGAAAUCACCUCUGUAUUCUUUUUACCUGAAAAGAAUGCCAAUGGCGAAUACAAAUUGUUAUCCCUUGGUGCUGAUAGAAUGAUGGUGGAAUAUGACAUAGGAAAUAGUUCAGAUGAAUAUUUAGAAAUCCUUAGCUUGGAUAGAAUAGACCAAAUGGCUAUUCCCCUGGCUGGUAUCCCAUGGCCAACGCCUUCGGAAGUAGAUCCUGAAAACUUUAGAACUGACAUUCCCAUGAUACUGGUGGCGAAUGAUGAGCACAAAUACAAGAUAAUUAAUUAUGCCACAACUAUGACGUUAUCAACCAUACUUGGACCACGAUUUGAACAUCCGGUGUGUAGAAUUCAACUUAUUACAAGGAAGGGUGAAGAAGACGAGCAAGAUGAGAAAUAUUUACUUUUUGCCACCAAAAACGUCAUCGGCCUACAAAUGUUUCCAUUGGAUGGCAAUCCUUGGAAACAUGCUGGACUUUUGGGACAUCCUUUACAGAUUACUGGAAUGUGUUUUCGCGAAGAUUCCGGUACACUAUUUAAUAUUGGAACAAAGGAUUCUUGUGUGUAUCAGUGGGCGGCAAAUUAUAGAGCUGUAGAAACAACGACUAAACAAGGUGGUGGAGACCUGGAUCCAUAUUACUGCUUAGUGGAGGACGGUAGACCUGGAUGGCUCUUUCAUGAAAUUCGGGAUCUGUUCUACUAUAUCCAGAUUCUUUGUCAGGGCACCUUCUCACCAGAAAUCCGUAGGGUGAAGGAUUAUGUUCCGAUUGAUUCGCUUCCGGAUAUGAUGAGGGCUUUGGGAUACUUCCCCUCGGAGUACGAGGUAGAAAAUUUGAUAGUUGAAGCGAAGUUCAAAGUGUUCCAACGUGUCCCGUCAAGCGAGAUUGAUUUUGAGGAAUUUUUCAAAUUGUAUAUAAACCAUAGACCAGCCUUCCCGGACAAUGUAAAGAAAAUCAGAAAUGCCUUUAGACAAUUCGCAACACCGAAUCAAAAUGACGAAUUUGUGAUUAGCCGUGAUGAUUUUGUGGAUUUGCUUAAUCAAAAUGGUGAACAUUUUUCUCGAGAGUUGUCCUGGUACUUGUUAUCAAUACUUUAUGGUCAGUCGUUUGAGGACCGAGCCGCUUUGCCUGAACCGGAUUUCGAAUUUAUUCCCGAGGAGAUAACAUUGACGGAGUUGCUGACUAAUAUUAUUGGUGUUCAGGAUAUGGAGACAUUUUCAGAUUAUUCUACUAGGGAAUCUAUGGUUUCGCAGAUUGCCACUUCGUCCGAGUCUGAAGACGCCUAA